AUGCAGCUUCCCCUUGACCCUCCCGCUCCUCUCUUCGCUGCUGACGAUUCUUCUUCUGCUCCCCCAUCUCCCCGCGCAGAGAGCACAAAGGACCUCUCCCUUUCUGUCAACUAUCUACCCAACAAGUUCUCUUCUGGCUUGCUCACCCCCACUCCACGCAGACGCAAACUAGGAAAGGAAAAUGCUGACCAUCCCGUCAUACACAAGAGAGGUGGAGGUAGAGAGGCCUUCAAGAGCAGUGAGGCCCGUAUGCCUGCAGAAGGCGACGAAGACUACGAUGGCAUCACCGGUCGUUGGUUCGGUGGCAAAGAAGGUGGUCACACCCGUCCCCGCAUGCACUGGAACAGGUUCAAAUGGGCACUCUUCAUCGCCAAUCUUGCAUUAUCUACUUACGCCCUCGCGGGCCUCAUCUUUUGUCUUCUCACAUGGUUUGACGUCUUCGAACACGCAGAUAUCGUUCGCGUAGGCAACCGAGAAGAGCUCAUUCUCUCUACAGCCGCUGCCGCCCUCGCCUCAGUUACUUCCGUAAUCGGUUGGGCCGGCAUCCUCCUCAACAACCGCUCUUUCCUAGCAGUCUACACUUUUGCUCUCUGGCUCUGCUUUGCCCUCCUCGUCACCCCCGGCUACACUACCUAUAAACAGCGUACAUUCAACCUCGAAGGCAAACUAAAUGCCCAGUGGUCUCGUGACCUCGGCGCAGAGGGCCGUCUCAGGAUCCAAAACAGGCUCCAUUGCUGUGGAUAUUACUCCCCCUUCGUUGAAGCUACUGUCUCCCAAAGCUGUUACGCCCGCUCCGUCCUCCCGGGGUGCAAAGAGGCAUACAUCAACUUUGAGAAACGCGUCUUGGACAUCUGGUACACCAUCGCUUUCUCCCUUGUACCGCUCCAGCUCGUUAUCAUGCUCGCGGGUCUCUUAUGCUCAAACCACGUAACCUACCGCUUCGGUAAAGGCAUGAUGCCCAAAGCCUAUAGGCUCAGCAUGGCAAGUAUGGCCGUCAUCAUGGAUAAUUAUGCCAAUCAACUGGCGGAACAAUACGGUACCGAAGUCGCGUCCGAUAUCUUAGCGCGAUCUCGGCACCUUGAUUCUAUGACAUACACCUCUGGUGUUGCGAACGGGACAGGCACAACACAUGCACCUUCUCAUGGUAGGUACGAUUCACUGGCGAUGAGGUCGCCUUACAGCGAGCGAAUUUGA